UGGUCCUUUUUUAUUGCUGGUGAAAAUGGAAGGUUGGCUUUUCUCUUGUAAUGUAAUAAGCUAUCAAAUUCAUCCAAAUAUUUUAGGAUUGAUGUGUGUAUUUGAAAACAGGUUUUAGUUGUCAGGCAAAAACUGUGGUCUGAGGGUAUUGAUGUUGCAAGCUCUGUAUACAUAGAAUGUUAGGCUGAAUGAAAGAUAAUCCAACUCUUUGUGCUCAAUAGCUGUUCACACUACUGCUCUGCCAUAUUUAUUUGUUGCCAAUCUUCAUGCAUGGACUUAUCUUUUCUGUAUUACAUUAUUCCAGGUUUACUUGAAGAGGGAGAGGAGGGGAAAAACAUAUAUUCUUUGAGGUCAAAACCUGAACUUCCAGUGCAGAUUUUUCUGUUGGCCUCCCAAAGUGUACUGAAUUGAAAAACUAUGGCAACUGGGAUCCUAGGAAGACCCCUAAAAACCUUGAACCGUUUCAUCCUCAGAACCCUAACCGCCUCUGGUUCCCGAAACAUCAGUGGCCUUGCCACAGCUGGGCAACCCGAAUCUGAUGGUCAAUCUUCAUCCUUUACAUUCACCUCUGACAAUGGAGAUCGAAAUGUUCAAAAUACAUCUAGUAGAGAUGAUAGUAUCUAUAUAAAGGGACCCAAGAAGGAUUCUUCUUCUCAAUUGGAUGCUUCGUCAGUGACCAUUCCCAUGUCAUUCAUGACAGGCUCAAUUGUGGGCAAGAGGUUUUACAAGAAGGUAAUCACCCGAGAGGCUGAUGAUGGUAUUGGUUGGACUGUUAUGCUUGACUAUCGAACCCUCAAAACCCCUGCCAAGCGCCCUCUCAAGUGCCCCACUCACGCUCUUGCCAAAGCCAUUGCUGCUGAAUGGGAAUACCAGGAAGUGGAUGGUAUCAGACCCUUUACAAUGCCACUGAUGCAACUUGCUUGUACCGCAUUUGAAAGAGUUCCACUCACCAGACCAAAGAUUAUUGAGAACUUGAUGAAAAAGUUCAAUCAAGAUUUAGUCUUCUGUCGUGCUCCAGGGGAUAAUGACCUCACAGCUGUGGUUCUUGAGCGUCAAGUGGAGAAAGUUGAUCCUCUACUUCACUCGUUGGAAUCAGAGUUCGGCUUCAAACCUGCUAUAUAUUCCAGCUUUUUCGGUGGAAAGCAGGAGGAUGGUCUUGUUAACGCCAUUGAGGACUUUCUUAAAAAAUCAAAUGAUUGCGAAUUGGCAGCAAUUGAUGCAAUCGCUGCAGCUGCACACUCUCUAGUUAUUGCAAUUGGUGUGUUCCGUGGUAGAUUGGGAAUCGAAGAGGCAAUUGAAUUGAUCAGGCUUGAGGAAGAUUUGCAGAUUGACAAAUGGGGUCUGGUUGAAGGUGGACAUGACCUUGACAUAGCCGAUCUACAAGUGCAGGUUGCUUCUGCUGCUGUGUUUCUCAGGCUCUCAAGGACUAGUUAGAUUUCUAUUCAAGUCUGCGUAGCGGUAAUAUUCUUAGAGUUGUGAUUCUUGAAGAUAAAACGGCCUGUAGUAUUGAUAAAACGGCCUGUAGUAUUAGUACAUUUUACAACGUACAAGAGCAUUUUUGUUAUGGACUUGUGGUGUAAGUUGUAAUUGAAUGUUCCGUUGUUAGUUGAGAGGCAAACUAUACAUCAUGUAAUAAUGUUGAGGCAAAUUAUUUGGUGUCUUGCAA